CGGCGCUUCCUGGAAAGGGCGCGGCGGAGUCGCAGGGCCGCACCAGGGCCGCCCCCGAGCCGCCCCCGCGGGCCGGGCCUGCCCCUGCGGGGCGGCGGAGGGGCGAGGCGGGGAGCGCGGCGGGCCGGGCCCGCGAGGGGCAGAGACGCUCCUCGGCGCGGGGGGAGCCUCGGGUGUUCGGCCCGAGCCCGGCCCUGGGUCGGCGCUUCGUCUCGGGAAGUCCGCGCUUCUCUCCCGCUAAAGCCCAGGCAUCCCAGCGGGGGCAAGAAAAAAAUUUAAGAAUGGACAAAGACUUUAAGACAAAGGCACUUGACUCUACUCUUCAAACUCCAUCAGAGACGUUACUUUCUAUUCAACUGUUAGACUUUAAAACAAGCUUAUUGGAGGCAAUAGAAGAACUGCGUAUAAGAAGGGAGACAGAGAUUCAUUAUGAAGAUCAAAUAAGUAGAAUUAUUGUUGAGAAACAGGAACUUGAAUGGCAGAAGGAAGCUCUGCAGCAUCAGGCAGACACGUUGCAUCAACAAAACAAAGAAGCUGUGGCAGCUUUUAAAAAACAGUUACAGGCAAGGGUGUUUGCCAUGGAAGAAGAAAAGGGAAAAUAUCAACUUGCUGCAGAAACAAAAGAAAAAGAAAUUGAUGGACUGAAGGAAACAUUAAAAGCAUUACAGAUUUCGAAAUACACUUUACAAAAGAAAUUGAAUGAAAUGGAUCAAAAAUUACAGAUGCACUUAACAGCAAAAGGGGAGCAUCAUAAGAAACUAAAUGAAGUUGAGAAGUGUUAUGCUACUAUUGCAUGUCAGUUUGGAAUUGUAAAAGGAGUUCAUGGAAAAUUAGAGCACAGUGUACAGGAAGCAAUACAACUCAAUAAGAAACUAUCAUCAGUGAAUAAAAGACAAGAGACUGAAAUAAUUAAUCUGAAGGAAGAACUGAAGAAAGUAACUACAGACUUGAUAAGGUCCAAGGUCACAUCUCAGUACAGGGUGGGAGAAGAAAACAUCAAUCUUGCAGCAAAGGAAAAAGAGUUUCAAGAACUGCAACAGAAAAUCAGAAUGGAGACAGAAGUUAGUAAAAAAGUUCAAGAAGAAAACAGUCACAUUAAAGAAGAAAAGCUGGAAAUUCUCAGCUCUCUACAAUGUGUGCAGGAAUUGCUUCAGCGAAUAACCCAAACGAAUGUUAGAAUGGAAGGUGAAUUAAAUGCACUGAAAGAAGAAUAUCAGACCCUUGAAAGAGAUAAUGAGCUGCAAAGGGAGAAGGCAAAGGAAAAUGAAGAAAAGUUCCUUAAUCUUCAGAAUGAGCAUGAGAAGGCACUAAGAACUUGGAAAAAAGAUGAGGAAAAUAUGAGAAAAGAGAUGGAUACUAUUAAAAAUGAGCUGAAUUCUCUUAAAGGCGUUUAUGGACAUCUUGAAGAUUAUCAUUCUCCUCAGGAAAAUCAGCAUUCUGAGCAAGCAGAAAAUCUGCAGGUGCAUUCAACAGUUCAGCCCAUACCAAAGAAUGGGUGUGGUCAAGAGCAAUCAAAAGACAGUGAAAUACAGGCUAUUCAGAAAGAAAAAGAGUUUAUGCAAUAUAUAAGGAAAGACAGUAUUUUUGGACAUGAAGAAGAAGUCGGAAUAAAAAACACAAUGAACGACUCAUUAAGCAUGGAAGUACAGAUGGAACAAAUUUUACAAGUUCUUGAACACAGCUGUAAGGAUGAAGCUAAUGUUGCUAGCCCUUAUGAAGAAAAUCAAAGGGAGGCUUCUUCCAGGAAGAAUACCCUCAGCACAGACACUGAUUUAUUUACCCAAGGACAGGCCUGGGAAAUAUGUGUCACUCAGUGCAAAGCAGCAGAAAAUUUAGGAACAACCUCCAGAAUGCUGCCGGAGGAAAAGAAAGCGAGUUUAGAAUGUAAGCUACAGGACAGCACUGAUUCACUGGCAGCACGCCACAUGGAAACUGGAAAGGUAUUUGUAGACAGUAUUGACAUAGCAGGUGUCUACAAGAAGAAUGCGCGUCAGGAGACAAACUCCAGCCAGCAAGAGUUAGGCAGCGCUGCAGAUGAAUCACCUUGUACUAAUGCAGACAAAAAGACAAAUGCCAUACAAGACAACAAAAGUGACCUUAUGACUGAAGCACCCAACAAAGAGUGUGAAGUGGUUCUUAGCACUGAGGAGAAUGCUGGGCCUGAGAGAAGCACAGACAGUCAUCAAACUAAGGAAUUAAAUUUUGGCAUCCCAUCUUAUACUAAAGAAAAUCAUCAGGCAGAAUACCAGGAAUGUAGCUUGCUCGACAAUGACAAUUAUGUAGAUAACAGACCAGGUGAAACAGAAAAAAACACAUUAAAUCUGAGUGAUUUACAUAUGGAUAAAUUUCUAUGUAAACAGAAACAUAUAGACCUUGAGGAGAGAAACUGCAAUGACAAUGUCAGAAACAUGAGCAGCAGUGAUGAUCUACUGUGCGCUGGUUUCCCAGCGCCUGAUGCUGCACAUUUACCCACUGUUCAUUGCGAUAAGGCGAGCGGCGAUGACAUGACAAAAGAACGUAGCAAUAAUGGGCCUCUCAGAGGUACUUGCAGUUUAGCUGCAAAAGCAGGCAGAGGAGUGAGCGUGGAUGACAUGCAAAGCAACCAACCUGAACAAACCAGUACUGAGCAAACAGGAAGAGAUACAAAUACAUGUGCUUUGAAUGCUGAAAACCUAUCUGCAGUAAAUGCUGAUGGUCUUGAAAUAAUCAUUCAUAAAGAAACCUCAAAAGACAGAAGUGGUACAGAUAAACUAAUACCAUGUAAAAAAGUUAAUAAUGCUACCCAGAUACAAUCCAUCAAAAAUAAACAUUCCCUGGAGAUUAAGGAUAAUUCAAUAAAUAAUGCAUUGUUAAAAGAGAAAAAAGAUUCACUAAAUAAUACAGUUCCAGGAAGUAAGUUUGCUGAGGGUCACCUGAAAGAAUCAUGCUCUUUACCCACGAGAACAUCUGGAAAUUUAGUAAACAUAAGUGAAAGGUUAUCCUUUGAUCUUUCAACCUCCAAUAAGAAAGCUGAGGAAACUCCAGUAUACUUAAAUUUUUUAGAUCUCAGUUCUUGUUCAAGAGUAAAUCAAGUGAGAAGUCAAACAAUGUGGACUUCAGCUUCCAAAGAACCUUCCCUUUUGAAAGAGAAACAACCAGGUCUGGCAGAAAACAGAAAGAUUAUUUCAAAAACACAGUGUCAAAAUCUCAGUGAAAGUGUUGUCAGGAAAGAAAUGGGACUAGGUUCUACCAGUUUCAACAGAGCUGCUGACACUUUGAAUAUCUGUAGUAUCCACCAAGACCCCCAGGGAGACCCUAGUGAAGAAUGGAAUGCUAUAGCAAAGACUUUUUAUGAUUCUUCUUUUCCCACAGAACAUGUGAGAGAAGGCUUUGAUGUUUUAAAGCAUGAGCAGUCUUCACACAUGACUGUAACUCCAGUAAUAAGUGAAAGUACACUCAGAGAUAAGGACAGGUGUCCUACUCAGAACUUCAAUAUAAAAAGUCAAAUAGAAGAAAUAGAGAAGUUCUUGAAUUUGGAAAGACUUCAUUCAUCAAGAAAGAGGAAAUACGAAGAAAGCUGAUAAAGAGCAGUGGCAGGAGACAGAAAUGCAGGUGUGACUGUGUCUUGAGCACAGUUCAAUCACUUCUGUAAACCAGAUGCGUAGAAGUAUUCCUACAGAACAAAGUAUUAUAUGUAUUGUACUUUCAUCUUUAACAGAGAAUAGUUUUUUUCUUUAAAAAUGGAUACAAUUCUUACUGAAGAAAAUGAGUUCUCUAUACUUCUGCCAUCAAGUUCAAGUUAUAAUGUUUUUUGCCUGAAGUUAAAAUGUUUACACAUUAAUCUCUUAAAUAAAAACAAACAAUAGAGUAAAUAAUCUCCUGCUCCUGAAAAGUUUUGGCUGAAAUACUUGAAUGUUUCUCUGUUAAAUGGCUCACUCAGCUUUUAAACAAAAGCAGCAGCAACUGUUUCACAAGAAUGGUUCCUAAAACCGUUUGUAACAACUUACAGCAAUUCUAAGUGGCAGCAAAACAAGAAAAUCUGCUUACCUUUACUGCAGACUUUAAUCAUUUAACUGUAUCUGUUGUAGCUGAUUCUAUCUAAAUAAUGCCUCUUUCAACACUAAAUCAAGUAUGAUUUACAGAGAUAAAAGCAGCAGAUACUGCUUCAUAAAGUUUCACUUUUAACUGGUUCACAUUUUUCCUCCCUUAAGGUUUAAUGGAAAUUUUCACUUCAAAAUUGCUUACACUGUCAUUUUGCUGAUCUCUCUCCCUCCCUUCCCCUACCUCAUGCAAAGAAAGAUCCUCAAUCUGUAAACAUGAGUAACAACAACAAAAGAAACAUAACCGAUAUCGUCACUGGCCAUUAUUGCUAACUGCAUAAGAAAAUCAAGAGAAGAGAUUUUCCCAUGUUAGUUGCAAUUUAGAAUAUUUAAUUUUUUUUAAACCAAUUGCAUACAUUUUGGAAACAUUCACAAAUUGUCAAAGUUGUGAAUAAAUUUCAUGUAGAGUGAGACAUUUCUAGGUGGAAAUUUUUUUUUUAG